CGUAAGUUUGACAACUAAACACCGUUUUGUUUUCCUGUAUUUACUGUAUUGCGAUUUGCUAUAUCUACAACCUAUCGAUCUUCAUCUAUCUGGUAUUCUCAAAUUACUUAAAAAAUAAUGAAUACACCCACUAAUCCCACUACAUCUAAGGCAAAUAAGAAAAGCACGGUCGAAAUUAUGGACGAAGAUACCAUGGAUACUACGGAGGAUGCCGAUGUUGUUUGCUGGCGGAACCGAACCUGCCAGACCCGAAACGCGAAAUGGCUGUCCCUAGACAAGAUAUAUGAAAAAUUACACCGUCCAAACUUUUACGAAGUCGGCAACACAUAUAUCAACGACGUACUUGAAUACAUGUUUACGGUAAAAGUUGAGAAUGUCGGCACCAUAUUCCUACUGCACCUAUUUGUUGGUAGUACUCAUGAAGCAUCAUUCAAAAUCACAGUCAAUGAAGGCAAUGACUUGAAACUAGACCGAAAGAAUGGCAAGGCAUUUCUUUCCUCAAUCUCUAAAGAGCACAGGUUUGACAAUUCACCAGAAGGAUCAGUGAACUAUGUAACUACUUACAGCUUCUCAGAGCAAGAUGUUGAUUUGCUUAAGGAUAAGAGAUUGUACAUUGCAAUGGCUUACUUAGAAGGCAAAGGGAUCAACCAAGAAAUAAUUGAUAAUGUGAAAGCUAGCCACGAUUUUGGAGCACUCCUAUCAAAAUCCAUUGGGUGUGAUUUUACAAUAAGAUCAUUGGAUGGAGAAACAUUCAAAGUUCACAAAGCCAUGUUAGUUGUGCACAGUGAAGUUUUCAAAGCUAUGCUGAAAGAAGAUACAGCAGAGAGUCAGAACAACUUUGUCACUUUAGAUGUAGCGAAAGAGGACCUGCAAUGCAUUUUAGAAUUUAUUUACACUGGCACUGUAUCGGAUUUGGAGAAUAGCAAUUGGUUUAAUUUAUUGAUGUACGCAGAUAAAUAUGAUCUAAAAGGUCUGCGAGACUUAUCUGAGCAUGCUUUAGCUCAGCAACUAACCAUAGAUAAUGUCUUAGAGGUACUGAUUGUUGCCGACAUGUCUAACUCGGAAGAUUUGAAAACAGCAGCACUAAAGUUUAUCAAGAAGAAUCCAACUGCACUUCAAACUAGCACUUUUAAAGAAAUUAAAAAUGUGAGUUUGAUGGGAGAGCUCUGCAAGGCUUGUGCCUUUGCAGUGAAUUGAAUUGUUUUGGAAUCAUGUUUAUAUUUUAAGCUGAUAAGCUGUGAUUAUUAUAGUGUAAUGUAAG